GUCCUCCCAUUCUCACUGCGCAUGCGCGGCUCAGGGAGCGCACAGCGCGGUGAUUGGCAGUGCGCUGUGUCCCUCGGACACAGCGGAUCAAGGAUCAUGCAAAGAGCCGAAGAUGUCGGCUCGGUCAUGUGAUCAGCUGUGUCCAAUCACAGCUGAUCACAUGGCACUGAUGAUCAGUGUGCCCUGAUGAUCAGUGUAGCCCCGGCAGUGCCACCUGUCAGUGUCCAUCAGUGCCUUACGUCAGUGCUCAUCAGUGCCUCGUGCCAGUGCCCAUCAGUGCUAAAUCAGUGCCACAUAUCAGUGCACAUCAAUGCCACAUAUCAGUGUCCAUCUGAGCUGCCUUUCAGUGUCACCCAUCAGUGCCACCUAUCAGUGCUGCCAGUCAGCGCCGCCUAUCAGUGCUGCCAGUCAGCGCCGCCU